UGUGCCCUGGCAGAGAAUGGGGAAUGGGAAAUCAUCCAUCGCCCGGCCCGCAAGAACAUCCACCCUGAGAACCCCCCCGAGAGCAGUGAGCACCAGGACAUCACCUUCUACCUCAUCAUCAAGCGCAAGCCACUCUUCUAUGUCAUCAACAUUGUCACGCCCUGCAUCCUCAUCGCCUUCAUGGCCAUCCUUGUCUUCUACCUGCCUGCCGACAGUGGUGAGAAGAUGACCCUGGUGAUCUCAGUGCUCCUGGCCCAGUCUGUCUUCCUUCUGCUCAUCUCCCAGCGCCUGCCCGCAACAUCCCAUGCUAUCCCCCUCAUCGGCAAGUACCUGCUUUUCAUCAUGCUGCUGGUGACAGCCGUGGUUGUGAUCUGCGUCGUGGUCCUCAACUUCCAUUUCCGCACCCCCAGCACCCACAUUAUGUCUGACUGGGUCAAAGAGGUCUUCCUGGAGAGCCUGCCCCGCCUGCUGGGGAUGUCUCAGCCGGCCGAGAGCCCGGCGGGAGCCCCGUCCAUCCGGCGCUCUAGCUCGGCCGGCUACAUCGCCAAGGCAGAGGAGUACUUCAGCGUCAAGUCCCGCAGCGAGCUCAUGUUCGAGAAGCAGUCGGAGCGGCACGGGCUGGCCAGCCGCGUCACCCCUGCCCGUUUGGCACCGCCGGGCAUGGACACGGGUGAGGAGCAGCUCUACGAGCACUUAAAACCCAUCGUUGACAGCGCCAACUUCAUCGUCAAGCACAUAAGGGAGAAAAACAGCUACAAUGAGGAGAAGGACAACUGGAACCACGUGGCCCGGACCCUGGACCGCCUCUGCCUCUUCCUCAUCACCCCCAUGCUGGUGGUGGGCACCCUCUGGAUCUUCCUCAUGGGCAUCUACAACCACCCACCGCCGCUGCCCUUCGCCGGAGACCCCUACGACUACCGGGAGGAGAACAAACGCUUCAUCUAG